AUGUCAAGUGCAAACAAGGGCAAAUGGAAAGUGUCGGUGCUUGAUACGCCCAAUGACCGGCUGUCUAAGCCCCAUACCCUUGGUGGCGAUCAACCAAGGGAGACGGUCAUAGUGCGGGAAGUCACAUCAGUGGGUUUGGUCUUGACAUGCCUGCAUCUAUUUGAGGGUGCAGAUCUGCUGUCUGCCCCUCCACAGUUGACAUUCUUAAGUGUCAAUGUAGAGGGAAGUGACUUUGUCUUUGGGGCCCGAAAUUCAGAUGGAGAUGGGGUCAUGGAAGUCACGUUCGUUGAUGGGAAGCAAACAUUAUGGCUGGACUAUUUACCAUAUCCUGUGCUCGUGUUGACCACGUCCACCACAUUUUGUGCUGCUGUUAUGCAAGACGGCUCUGUCAACAUGUAUUCACACACAGGGCAAAGAUUGAUAGUGACUCUAAGCUUUGGCUCACCUUGUGCGAUGAUGCAUGGCUGCAAGUUGGCAGGGAAACUUAUCAAGGAGCUUUUUGGCCCACGUCAUCCUGCUGCCUUCUACGUUCGACUUGCUGCACCAUCCUGCUGCUCACUACGCCUCACCAACACCUCCUGA